GCUUCCAGGCCGUAUCCGGCCUCUGCCGGGCCUGGUUCCGGUGUGCGCCCUGGGGCUCAUCGUGCUGCUGCCGCGAUGCUGUUCCUCUCUCUGGCCCGGGCCCGUUGCCUCAACCGGGUGCUCGGCCGCUCGUUCUGCGCCGUCCGGCAGGGGAACUGUCCACAAGGGAAACAUUCGCUCCCUGGUGUGUCACGAUGCCAGGGACUGGCUUAUGCCAACAGCAGGAAGCAUUUAGUAAAUGGCUCCCGUGUUUUCACCGUCCGUUGUUUCAGAACCACUACGGUCCGCCGAGAGGAACUUGUUACAGUGAACACCCCAGCAUUUGCAGAAUCAGUCACAGAGGGAGAUGUCAGGUGGGAGAAAGCUGUGGGCGAUACAGUAGCAGAAGAUGAAGUCGUUUGUGAGAUUGAAACAGACAAGACAUCUGUGCAGGUUCCAGCUCCUGCAGCUGGAGUAAUUGAAGCACUUCUGGUCCCUGAUGGGGGAAAAGUGGAAGGAGGUACACCUUUGUUUAAACUCAGGAAAACUGAAGCUGCCCCUGCCAAGGCCAAACCAGCAGCAGCCCCCACUCCAGAACCUGCAGCUCCUGCAGCACCAAUUCCCACUGCGGCACCAAUUCCCACUGCAAUGCCUCCAGUGCCCCCUGUGUCAGGACUUCCUGUUGAUGCUAAACCAGUUUCUGCAGUAAAGCCAACAGUGGCUCCAGCUGCUCCUGCUGUUGAACCUGCAGCCAGCAAAGGUGCCAGAUUGGAAGAAAGGGUAAAAAUGAAUAGGAUGCGCCAACGAAUUGCUCAGCGCCUGAAAGAGGCUCAAAACACAUGUGCCAUGUUAACCACCUUCAACGAAAUUGAUAUGAGUAACAUCCAGGAAAUGAGAGCUCGGCACAGGGACAACUUCCUGAAGAAGCACAAUAUGAAACUUGGUUUUAUGUCUGCCUUUGUGAAAGCUGCAGCCUUUGCCCUGCAAGAACAGCCAGUUGUGAAUGCAGUGAUUGAUGAUACAACCAAAGAGAUAGUAUACAGGGAAUACGUGGAUAUCAGUGUUGCAGUAGCAACUCCUAGGGGUCUUGUGGUCCCUGUCAUCAGAAAUGUAGAAACAAUGAACUUUGCUGACAUUGAACGAGCGAUCAAUGAGCUGGGAGAAAAGGCCCGCAAGAAUGAACUGGCCAUUGAGGAUAUGGAUGGCGGUACAUUCACCAUCAGUAAUGGUGGUGUAUUUGGGUCCCUUUUUGGAACACCCAUCAUCAACCCCCCUCAGUCUGCUAUCUUGGGCAUGCAUGGCAUCUUUGAUAGGCCUGUUGCUGUUGGAGGCAAAGUUGAGGUGCGACCAAUGAUGUAUGUAGCCCUGACAUACGAUCACCGCUUGAUUGAUGGUAGAGAGGCAGUGACUUUCCUGCGUAAGAUCAAGGCUGUGGUGGAAGAUCCUCGUGUGCUGCUGCUUGACCUGUAAAGGGUAGCAGCACUUUCCCCUCCCCCCAUCCAGUAGAGCAAGGAUGCAGCACCAGCAGGCAGAAUAGAGGACAUUCAGAAAUCAGCAAGCCUUCGUUCCAGUCUUCUCCUUAGUGGCAGGAGGUGCUUUGAAAGGAACCCUGAGGGUAGUGUGCCACCCAUCUUUUCUGCCUUCAUCCAAAGAUGGUUGACUUUCUUUCUGGCACAGGCAAGCAAAUGUCAUGGCCUGUUGAGAUAUAGCCUACCAUUGCCCCGCCCCCUUUUUCACUCCAAAGAGAUCUCACCUUGCCUCUCUUCCCAGGAUUUCACGGGAACUGAAGCUAGCUGCUGCUUAGCUAGAGUUUCCUUCCCAAGCUGGUCUUGCACACAGUUUCAGCUUUAAAUCACCACCCAAGGAGGCUGCCAGACAAGGGAAAGGUCGCUGCUGGGUCUCUACUCGACAAGGGAAAGGUCUCUACUGCUCUAGCUGUCAUGCCCAGGGAAGCUAGCCAGGGUUCCUCCUAGGUGACUCUGUUGCAGUGCCUGAUCUACAUUCACCUCCGAUAAGGGAGAGCAAAUCUUUACUCUAGCCACCUCAUUUUUUUUUUUUAACUUAACAGAGGUGAGGCACUUCCAGGGGUUACUUUCUUCCCCAGCUGUUUUGUACACCCUGUAUCACUAGUGGAGAGGCAGUCUUACGGAUUGUUUUCAGGGAUCCUCCUAAAUCCUGACCCUUCAAGAGCAAGCAGGUUGUAGCAACUAAUCCAAGAGGGGAAAAGUCAGAGCUAGUUCUCCUGUUGUGAUCUUGGGUAUGGCUUGGUACCCCUUCCGACUAGCAAGACCAGCUCAAGCUGGGAGGCUGCAGGGGAGUGGAAGGAGGUAAUGGCCCUCUGCAGCUGUCCUGCAUACCAUCUGGUCCUUGGUGGGUGGUUUCAUCAACUUUUUGUCUGCAAUGGUCUAAUUGUGCAGUAAUGUGGGUUGGGACUAGAUUGUCAUGUGUGGCAUGUAUCCUAGCCCAAGACUGCUGGUUCAUGGGGACAUAUCCUUAGUACAAUAGUGUGCAUCUGUAUUGUUGAGUGAGGGGGUUGCUAGUGCCUGCAGGGUUUAUUACUCAUGUCUGCCGCACAAAACUUGUAAUUAAAGUAUUUAACGCAACAGAUUUUAAACAAAAUAAAACACGGAAACAACGUG